CCGCUAUGGUGUCAACUCCGCGCGGCGACAUGUUCCACUGCCCACCGCUGCAUGCUUGGCAAAGAGACGACCUUAUCGUAAAGGGCAAGGAAGCAUGCAAGAUGCUCGUGGUGAAUGCGACAAAGUCUGACUUCAAUCCCGUCGAGUCCGUUGUUCAAAACGCUCGAACAGGUUUCCACGCAACGAUUCGCCGAUCAAACGAUAUGAAGGAUCCCCAAUACAAAGGGUUUUCGGCGCAUACAAAAGUCCGCGCGUCGAUCGACGAAGUCGCGGGGUUUUUUGAGUUGGACACGCCUCACAAAGUUCAAGCGUAUGCCCGCGUCAUGGGUGAAGUCGUGCUGGACAAGCGAACGUUGUAUACAUUAGUCGAGCGGCCAAUUGCUGAUGAUGCUUCCCAACCGCUGCACUAUGUCUCUGUGGAGUGGCUCAUGGUGAAGAUGCCAUUCGGGUUCAACACCCGCGACAUGUGCUAUUUGGAGUGUCACGACGAAUUUUCCUUUCAUGACCAAACCACGGGCGAGCUGCGGCGGGGCUGGGCGCGGUGCACACACUCGAUCAACUUGGUAUGUUGCCCAAACCUGGAACGGACGCACAACGUCGUUCGAAUGGACAUCAUUCGCUCGGGCCACGUCUUUCUCGAGUCUUGCGAACGAGGGGUCCUCGACUACUUUCGUGUGGCAGUUGGGAGUGCGAAUGGAACGAUGGCCAAGCACGUAUCCAAGGCUCUGGCCGACCGGCGCUUGAAGCACAUGAUGUCCAUGGCGCUGAAUUUGGAGGAGUACUUUAUCUCGCAGCGCGUUCGACCGAUGCUGGACGUGCCCGUGGGCCACUUUCAGUCAAAGAACGCCGUCCAGUACUGCAUGCACUGCUACCACCGAUUUGCAUGGCAUGCGACGAAACGCCAGUGCCGAGGGUGCGGUGACGUCACGUGUACCAACUGCAGCUGCGUGUGGAACCUCCCGCUAGCCCGCAGAAACUCGAUCAAAGUGCAGCUAUGUCACGAAUGUAUCACAGACCACACGAACAACACGAAGCGAUAUCGUCGGCGCACAGACACCGCGUCGCCUCGCCGAUCGAUGUACUCAACAUGCGACGACGACGACGAACGAACGACGUAUUCCCACUCGAGCAGCCACCCGAGCAUGUCGCUGCAUCCGUCGAUAACUGUAUCGACCGUGCUUCCCCCCACGCAUAAGCUACCGUCCCGACCUGAAUCCUGUUGGACGGCAUCUGAUGCUUCCUCCGCCUGCAGCUCGCAGUCAUCGACAACUUCGUUUAGCAUGGACACAGCGGCGGAGCGCAUGCAUGUGCUCAGUCCAAGCCAGUGGCGCGUUUCCGAAGAAGUAAAUACCUCCAUUCGAGGCGGCAUGCUCACGUUUCACUCCGAUUCCACUGCAGUGUACCUGCAUCAGGAGCGGACGAGUCGAUCUGCUUGACGACAUGCCCAUGCAUGGAAAGCGAUUGCAAAGUUGAACUAAUUUAUUGAAUCGGCCGAAACAAUUUUGAUU